AUGACGGCCUCAGAAUCAACUCAGAUCCAUCGUCGCUCCUCUACACAACACUACCAAACGUUCGACACCCCUCCGCCCAAGUCGCGUGGGCGACCCAAUUCUGGACAAUCGGAGUCUUCAGGCGAUGGCUCGCACAUUCCGACCGACUAUAAUGACCAGGCUGGUACGAACUCGCCACUGCCGAAGAAGCAGAUGGCAGUGCUCGCUAUGAUUGCCUUGGCGGAGCAGACUGCCCUCAAUUCGAUCAGUCCCUAUCUCCCCGAUAUGGCAUCGACCUUUCCAGAAGUGGAAUCGAAUCAAGUGGGUGUCUACGUGGGGACUAUAGCGUCGGCAUUUGCUCUGGCACAGUUUGCGACCAACUACUACUGGGGUUGGCUGUCUGAUCGCAUUGGGCGCAAGCCAGUCAUCCUGCUCGGGACAUUUCUUACUGCGAUGUGCUUCGUCGCCUUUGGUUUCUGUAAGACCCUUUGGCAAGCUAUACUGGUGCAGGCAAUGAUGGGUAUGGUCAAUGGAAAUCAAGCACUGGUAUCCACCUGUCUGGGUGAGAUCACGGACCGAAGCAAUCAGUCACAGGCCUUCACUUAUCUCCCGGUUCUAUAUGGAAUCGGAGGUAUCACAGGCCCGCUCCUGGGAGGAUUGCUCAUCUUUGAGCGCAAUCCCUUCACUGGGAAUAAGAGCACAUACCCAUAUCUCGCGCCAAAUCUUGUGGCUGCUGCAAUUCUUCUAGUUGACUUUAUCUUGACGUCUAUUUUCUUGGAGGAAAGCCUGGAAGACGCAGACACAUUACCGAAAUUCGGGAAAAAGGUUCGCAGCCUUUUCACUUGGCUCUGGCAGUUCACCGGAUUUUCGAGACACCCAACCUAUCUUCGACUUCAACAAGCAACGCCGUAUCCUCCUCGCCAUAACACUUCCGACAGUGAGGAUCAUGACAGCGACCUGGACUCGGCAUCGUCAGUGUCGAGCCAGCAAGAUCACCCUUCAGAGGAGUUGACUUGGGAUGAGAUUUUCACAAGAGACACCAUCCUACUUCUCUUGACCUAUCUGAUCUUUGCUUUCUGCAAUGUCUCUUUCAAUUCAUUGUUCCCCAUUUUUGCACAAGCUAGGCCGCCAGGCGGCCGCCAGCUCACCCCUUCUGAGAUCGGUCUGUCGCAAGGCUUUGCUGGUGUGGUGACGAUAAUUUUCCAGAUUUGCAUCUUCAACCGCCUGCGCGACAAGAUGGGCAACCGAUGGUCUUAUCGUGCUGGUUUGUUUGGUUUCGUGAUCUCGUUUCUGCUGAUGCCAUUUGUGGGCUACAAGAGCCAAGAUGGAGAGGGUUUGACUCGCAAGUCCGCCCUCAUGGCCGUGGAAUUGUGCUUUGUGUUACUGGUCAAGACUGUUGCCUCCGUGGGUGGUCUGACCAGCGCCCUGUUGUUGGUUACCAAUUCCGCACCAAACCAUGCCGUCUUGGGUGCCCUCAAUGGUCUUGCGCAGACUCUCUCCGCAGCCGGACGUGCCGUCGGCCCCUUCCUGUCUGGUGGUCUCUUCUCGUUGACAUCCAAGAUCCAGCCCAAGGGUGAAGCGAUUGCGUUUGGAGUCUUUGGCGCCGUGUCCUUCAUCGGCUUCGUCAUGAGCUUUGGGAUCCGUGGCCGGUCCCUCGAGGCCGACGGUUGGGUCUCGGACAGCGAUGACGACAACUACAAAUCAGACGAUGAGGACGAGCACAGAUGA